AUGUCUGCACCUGUCUCCAGCGGUUCGACACCCCAGCGGUCUCUUCCAUCUUCUCUUGGCCCGUCGCCUCAUGAAGCAGUUGGAACAUCAAGCAAUUCUCCGCUGUCUGGAAACAAGUUGGCAGCUGAUGGCUCUCGUUACCUGGCUGCCCCGAAAAUAGUCAAGGCUCUCUCGACUUCUAAACUUGCCAACAACCUUGGAGCAAGAAUGACAGCGGAAGACGGUGGUGUCAAGGAAUCGUACCCUAUGGACAAACUACUAGCCAGGCUUUCCGAACAGCAAGCCACGCUGAACCAUCAAUCUGCUCAGCCCAAGGCCGCCGAGGUACUUUGUUCAUCCUUUGCCGAGCACGAAUCUUCCAGUAAUUCACUGCCAAUGACCCCUGCGACGGAUGCCUUUCACACAACCGCCCCCACAACUCGCCCGGCCAGUGCAACUGUGGACGAGGCACGGCUCGAUGUGAAUGAAGUGCUUCGUCUCAAGCUGCAGCUUGCACAAGCCCAAAAUCAUAUCUCUAAGCUUGACCAGGAACUUGCGCACUCACGAACCAGCGAACCCGAUUCAACCACGUCGGGCUCAGCUGCUGGCAGACGAUCGGCUCCAGCUUCCCGUGACAGCCCUUGGCCCCUCACCGAAGACUCGCACUCGGACACAAGCGACACCAUGUCUGCAUCUGCCUUCAGCCGGGCAAGAGGAAUUUGGGGCCAACCGAAAGGUUAUUUUGGCAGCAAUACCCAACAAUCGAACGCUGCGGACCCCUCACCUGCAAAUUGGCUAGGAGGACGUGCAACGCAGCCUUUCCCCGACCCUGGUAUUCCGUUUCCCGUCACCGAUAGCUUCCGAGACCGUAUGACUCAGGAAACCGAUAUGAUGAGCCGCCCUGGACAUCAUCGACGUGCAACUCGUUACGACAGCCGGGGAGUGCCAUCUGGAUUUGUAUCAUCUCACGGUCCCAGUGGAAGCUAUUUUGACGCGAUGGGCUCUGCCAUGAAUGGCCCUGCUAUAAAUAUGAGCCACCCGCAGGCCAGUUCUGGCAUGUCGAUGUAUCCUCAAUACCAGCAGGCAGCUGGCACAGCACUGUCUCCCCAUGCCUCCGAGUUUACUUCAAAGGCUGCAUGGAAGAACGAGAUGGCUCUUUCGGAAGGACCUACGUAUCUGCCGCCCACGGAGCCACUCAACUAUCGUCGACUACUCGAUCGGAAUCUCAAAGUGGGCACACCUGAGCAGAAAUACGAAAUUGUCGAAGCCAUCGUCGCUCAGGCAUACCCGCUUAUGGUUAACCGAUUUGGAAAUUUUCUAGUUCAGCGUUGUUUUGAGCAUGGCACUCCAGAGCAGGUCAUUAAAAUUGCCGAAGCCAUACGCGGCAAAACUCUCAGCCUCUCCAUGGACCCCUUUGGCUGCCAUGUGGUGCAGAAGGCUUUCGAUUCGGUUCCUGAGAACUACAAAGCAAUCAUGGUCCAUGAGCUGCUUCGCAGAAUUCCCGAAACUGUCAUUCAUCGAUAUGCCUGUCAUGUGUGGCAGAAGCUGUUUGAGCUACGGUGGACUGAAUCUCCUCCCCAAAUCAUGACCUACGUCAACGAGGCUCUCCGUGGCAUGUGGCAUGAGGUUGCAUUGGGCGAGACCGGAAGCUUGGUAGUCCAGAAUAUAUUCGAAAACUGCCUCGAAGAUGACAAGCGCCCAUGUAUUGAGGAGGUGUUGGCAAACAUCGACAUCGUUGCCCAUGGUCAGUUCGGAAACUGGUGCAUUCAGCACGUAUGCGAGCAUGGCGGCCCUCCAGACCGAAGCCGAGCGAUCGAUCAUGUAAUCCGUUAUGCAUCCGAAUAUUCAACCGACCAAUUCGCAUCAAAAGUUGUGGAAAAGUGCCUUAAAAUCGGUGGCACGGAUUUCCUCGGUCGCUACCUGGAUCGUGUGUGUGAAGGGCGCCGGGACCGGACUCGAAUUCCUUUGAUUGACAUUGCUAGCGACCAGUACGGCAACUACUUGAUCCAGUGGAUUCUGAAUAACGCCACUCCGCAGCACAGGGAGAUGGUGGCGGCGCACAUUCGAAAGCACAUGGUGUCUCUUCGAGGCUCCAAGUUUGGCUCCCGAGUUGGAAUGCUUUGCACCAACCAUGCAGUGACGACGCGGCCAGGCCAUGGGGGCGGACCAAGCAUUCCAGGACGGUUGCCCGGCCCGAGAUACGGCGCCAACUACAGAUAA